CGAUCCAUAUGAAAAAAAAAAUAUUUCUUGUACGACUUACUGUGUCGUUAAUUCCAAAAGAGAUCACAUAGAAAUAAUAUAGAUUUUUUUUGACUAUUAUGAAAGGGUGUAGUCUAUAAAUUCAGCAAUUUAAGAAUAAAUUGGUUGAUUUAGUAAGUGAAAAUUAUCCGUAAAAGAUCAAAAUAACGUGGAAUUUACGUUUCAAUCUAAUCAAAAUAUACGAUGAACCAAAGUUAGUUUUUUUUUCCUCAAAUUCAUUCCCGUACGGAUUUGUGUUUGUUUUCGACAAUUUCAAUAUGGAGUGAAAUUUGGAUAUUGCAAUUUUGUGCAGAAUAAUUUCGGAAAUCAGUUUAAUUGAAUUGAAUCUAUGAGUUGUUCAGUAUUUUUUUUUAUAUGGAAGUGAUAUCUGAUAUUGGCCAUAUUUAUUUAUAUAAAAAAGAAGUAUGGACGUGAAUUAUGAGUGUGAUAUUUACUGUUGGGACAAACGAAAUAUUUUUUAAAAUAAUUAUUUGCUAAAUUGACGACAAGCGUUGAACUCAAAUCACUAAGAAAAAGUCAAAUCAGCUCGUUGGCUAAAUCAAUAAAUUUAUCAAAUUUCAACGUAAUAUCAACGUUCUGGUUGUAUUUGCAAAAGUGAUACAAGUCGAAGUCCUGAUGAGAUUCAAUUGAAACCAGUGCAAAUUCUAAUUUAUCUAAAUUCAAUUGUUAAAAUUGAUUCGACGGCUAAAAGCGGACGCUCUAAGUGUUCGCGAAAAUUGACGAAGCCCAAACUAGCGACAAUUGGUCAAAACUUGUGCGAAUUGGGUCAUCGACAGGCAGAAAAUAUUGGCCGUAGAAAUAAUGCGGCACAAAGGACUCCCACUACAGCUGGGGGAGUACCCUUUGCAAGGUAAAUUUACACGGAUCAUUUAACCGAACAGUUACGGCAUUUACGGAGAUACGUUUAUGUCUGUUGCUGAGCAUGGUUUUUAAUUAUAAAUUUUGGUUGUGUCGGUUUUGAACAUGGAAAAACACGUUUGUUUGCUAAUUAAAAACAGAAUGAAAAUAAAUUCAACCGAAAGGUUGAUGCAAAUAAGGUUUUUGCUUCAGGAAAAUUUUUGUUCCAAAAAAAAAAGUUUAACAAAUUCGUGAUGUCAUGGGCUGGAGGAAAGUCGUUAAACCAAUCGUAGUAUGUAAUACGGAACAUUGACGUGUCACAUCGAAAAAAGCACUCAAAUUUGUUCAUUGUUUUCGGUUGCACAUUGUUGUUUCAAACACUAAACACAUGAAUCAUGCAAAAGUAAAUUUUAUUUUCGUAACUUGAUUACAGAAAUCCAAAUACGAGUUCAAGGCCAACGACACGUCAACGAAAAUUCGGAACCGUAACAUCACCUUCAACUACGGCAUCAGUUAGCACAAAAUUAACUGAAACCAAUGCUAAUUCCGGCAAUAUUCAAACAAAAACAAUAACAUCACAGCAAUCAACCACCACAGCAACGACGACGGCGUCAGAGCCGUCUGUUAUAAGCACAACGGGGUCAUUAAUAACGGUUCGUUGUUCUUUUGUUAAUUUUUUUUUCGUUCAUAAUCGGUAGUCACCUCUAUCAUUAAUUUUCACUGACAGGGGUAGUGUGAUGUAGCUAUGGGGGGAGUGUCACAGACCAAUUACCGAGCAAUGGAAAAUUUGCUAGGCCAUUGAGUCACGUAAGAAAUGAAGGUUUCAAUCUAAGACCUGUAACGAUUCCCUUGUCAAUUUUUAGUUCAAAUUUACAUUUUUCAUGAACUACAGAUACUAUAGACGAUUCUUACUGACAAGUCGAAUUAUUUUUUUUCAGCGAUUGGUUCGAGAGUUUUCCGGUUCUUCACGUACGAAUCGGGCAAGAGCAGCAUUAGUCGGUUCGAACAGCAACAAUAUAAAUAAUAACAACAUCGCUACAACAGCUUCGUUACCAACGAACGCCACAACGGUAGCAAGUUCCAGCCGACAAACAGAUGAAGGACUAGCUAAGGCAAAAGUGAAAGAAACAACUUCUGCCAAAUUGGAUGAUAGCACCGUGAACGAUUCAACUGAAACGAUUACAAGUGAAACUAAUACCAAGGAGGCAAUGGACACUAGCGAUUCCAAUUCUGUUCUUGAAGCCGAUGAGGUUACGGAGGACUGUUUUCAAAACGAGACGAAAGAGGAAACUGAAAACUCGAACGCUGUCAGUGAUUCAAAUCAGUCAGAGCAGCCAGAGCAGCCAAAGCCACCAGAGCAACCAGAGUCUGACCUUCCGACAGAGACGAAAGAUAUUGUUGAUCCGAUAGUCGAUGAGAUAGUAACGAAGGGCAUCGAUAAAUCGUCUACGUCAGUUAGUAAUAUGAACUCGGGUUCGAGCCUCGAAACGGUUCCGGAUGGAGGUGGAACAACUGCUGCUGAGACUACUGCGAGUAGCAGUAGUCAACGUACAAACAUUCGAUUUGUGAGGAAAAGUCUUGAAAAUACUACACUAAGCGUCAUGUACUCAAAAAGUUAUUAUGACACGGACACAAUCGAAACCGAGUAUCCGAGAAAUUUUGAUGACAACAUUGAACUGCUUAGUCGUGAAACUGAACAUUUGGAAGAGCAGUUUACUGCCUCGGAAGAGAAGCUGUUGCACUACGUGCCCAUCUAUGAUCCGAAAAAGUUUGAAGAACAACGGCAGCAACAGAAAAAAGACGAUGAUGAGGACGAGCCGAUCGGAAUGUCACCGUGUGGAAGAUUUUUCAAGUAUGACAAAGAAGUUGGCCGUGGUUCAUUUAAAACUGUUUUUCGUGGACUGGAUACACAGACUGGUGUAGCAGUGGCAUGGUGUGAGCUGCUGGACAAAAAAGUAAACAAGGCUGAGAGACAACGCUUCCGUGAAGAGGCUGACAUGCUUAAAAAAUUACAGCAUCCAAAUAUCGUACGAUUUUAUAACUACUGGGAAACCAGCAUUGCCAAAAAGAAAAAUAUUGUUCUAGUCACUGAAUUGAUGUUGUCGGGCACACUAAAAUCAUAUCUACGACGAUUCAAGAAAAUUAACCCAAAAGUACUCAAGUCUUGGUGUCGACAGAUUUUGAAGGGAUUAUAUUUCCUGCAUUCUCGUACACCGCCGAUCAUUCAUCGUGAUCUUAAGUGUGACAAUAUUUUUAUAACGGGAACAACUGGUAGUGUUAAAAUAGGUGACUUAGGACUGGCAACAUUAAAGAAUCGCAGCUUUGCAAAAUCGGUCAUUGGAACACCUGAGUUCAUGGCACCCGAAAUGUACGAAGAGCACUACGACGAGGCUGUCGAUGUGUACGCUUUUGGCAUGUGCAUGUUGGAGAUGGCAACCUCUGAAUAUCCAUACAAUGAAUGUUCUGGCCCGGCUCAGAUCUAUAAGAAAGUAGUUAAUGGGCAUAAGCCUGCUAGUUUUGACAAAGUCGAGAAUCCAGAAGUGAAAGAAAUUAUCGAGAAGUGCAUCCAAUUGCAGAAGGAAGAUCGACCGGGUUGUAAGGAACUUCUGAAUUCGGAAUUUUUCAGCGAAGAUUUGGGCAUUAAGUUGGAGCCCAUAUCGAAGGAGAAUUUUCUGAAUUCGGCUGAAUGCAACAAAAUUGAAUUUCGACUGAGACUGUUAGAUUCGAAGAAACGGACGUACAAGCACAAGGAAAAUGAAGCUAUUCAAUUCGAAUUCGACAUUGUGACUGAUAAUGCAGAAGACACUGCUAGUGAAAUGUUAAAGGCGGCAAUAAUUAGUGAAGAAGAUGCACGAGCAGUUUCGAAAUUGUUGAAGGUUCAAGUUUCGUCAAUGUUGAAGGAGCGACGUGAAAAAAGGGCACAACAUCAAUUAGAAUUGGAGAACAUUGAGAAGGCUGCUCUUGAAAUGCAAGCUCUACAAGCACAGCAUGCAUUUCAGAAUCAAUUGGAACAGCAACAAGUAAUUGAGCACCAGAUGAUUUUAAAUGAACAGCACAUCCAACAGAAUAUUCAAAAUACUUCCAAUUUCGUAACGUCAGGACAAGUGUUUACUCAAACGCAGUAUUACCAACAGAAUCAAGUAUCACAGACGAUGCAAUUACAACAACCGCAGCAGAAUCAAUAUAUUCAACAAAAUAAUACUUUUCAACCGCAACAAAUGCAGUAUAAUCAGUCAAUUCAAGGAACACAGCAAAAUGUACUUGUAUCUUCUAGUCCACAACAAUAUGCUUCUGGUCAAAGCAAUUCUACUGCAGUGGUUUCGCCCAACACCCAAGUUCUUGCGUCUAAUAAUAAUUACAGUCAAGUUCAGUCAAUUGUUCAAAAUAACCAACCAACACAGCAAUCUUAUCAGCAGAAUCAAAUUAUUGGACAACAAGUAUCACAGCAACAUGCACAAUAUCAAAAUAUACAGCAGCAAACGCCAUCACCUCCACAACAGCAGAUUAUGACUCAUCCACCAACACAACAACAACAGCAAUUAAUGCAACAAGCGAUAUUACAACAGUCUCAGCAAGUCUUACAACAAACAUUACAACCACCGCAAUCCAAUUUACAACAAACUUUGCAGUCACCUCAACAAAAUUUACAGCCCCAGCAAUCUUCAGCUCAAGGCAACUACCCUCUUGCUUAUCAAUCACCGCAGCCUCCCGUAAAUCAAGUAAUACAACUUCACAAUCAGCCUACAGUUUCUUCGACGCUACAAUCAAAUCAAGGAAAUCUUCAACCACACCAAACUAUUUCUUACCAGUCAUUGCCUCAACAGGUCAAUCAAGAACCACAAUUUAUUCAAUCUGUUGCACUUCAACCACAAAUGAAUCUUCAAAAUUCGUCUCUUCCACCUGGAGGUCCCCCAAACUUCGCUGUCUCUCCGCAAGUCCAGGGUCAAUUGCAAGGGACACAAGUUGCUCAAACAACGCAAAUGUACGCAACACACCCCCAAGAGCAACUAUAUCCUAAUCAAACUGCCAUUCCAAAUUCCAAUUAUAUCAUACAACAACCGCAAAUUCAACACAUGACUCAACAACAUCCGCCGCAACAAACGAUGCAUCAACAGCAACAGCAUUCACUUCAGCAGCAAUCGUCUAUGCAUCAACAAUCCUCACAGGCACAACCCGUUCAAGCGCCACUGUUACAGCAGCAAUCCGUUCAGCAACAACAUAUACAGCAGCAGCAUCAACAACACAUACCUGUUCAGCAACCGCCUGUGCAGCAACAACCACAGGUUCCACAACAACACAUUCAACAGCAACAGGUUCAACAACAGCAUGUUCAGCAACAACCGGUUCAACAACAGCAUGUUCAGCAACAACCGGUUCAACAACAGCAUAUUCAGCAACAACAGGUUCAACAACAGUAUGUUCAACAACAACAACCGGUUCAACAGCAUCUUCAGCAACAUCCUGUUCAACAACAGCCUAUUCAGCAACAUCCUGUUCAACAACAGCUUAUUCAGCAACUGCCCGUUCAACAACAGCCUGAUCAGCAGCAAUCCGUUCAACAACAAUCUGUUCAGCAACAGUCCGUUCAACAACAAUCCGUUCAACAACAGCCUGUUCAGCAACAAACUGUUCAGACAGUUCAGGCCGAUCAAAAAGAGGCCUUUGCUCAACAUCAGAUGACGAAUUCAAAUUAUUCUGGACAGAUUAUUCAGCAGCAACAACAAGUUCCUCAAGAGCAACAAAUAAUUUUUGCACAAAAUCAACAACACAACCAACAGUCAAUUUCACCAAACUUCCAGCAGUUAAAUUCUGUCAAUUCUCCUCAACUACCGCAAAAUCCAAUCCAGGUGCCAUCUCAAACACCAGUUCAACAGCCCGUUCAAUCACAGUCCCAAUCGUUGUCAUCAUCACCGAACCCAACUAGUAAUAUCACUAAAACACCAACGACUAAGCAGAAAUCGCGACGAUCAAAUAAAUCAACCGAACGAGUCCCGAAACUGGUCGUAAUGAGCGUUCAAAAUGGGACACUAGUUGACUGUUCAAUGGACAAUAAACUGAAGACCAUCACGUUUAAAUUUGAUAUUAGCGACGUGAAUCCAGUCGAAGUAGCAAAUGAUUUGAUAUCUAAAGAUUUGCUGUCCGAAAGUCAAAGUGUUGUUUUCGCUGAUAUGGUGAGAGAUAUUGUCCGUCAACUGAAGUUAAAUCCGAAUCAGAUUCCUGUUCCCACAGCCUCUCGACGAAAUGUGGAUAAGGUGAGGCAUGCGUCGUUAACUCGUCAACGUUCUCCGUUUAAAACUCAUCAAAGACAUCGUUCUCGCGAUGAAAUGUCUAUGACAAAAAUGUUCGAUCCGACCAUUUACAGUCUUCAGCCGUUGGUCACGACACCAGUUACUAUACCAUCACAAGCAGCAUCAACAACAUCCGCAUCGUCGAGUGACACACAACAAAAUAUCAGUGACCAUGAUCCAUCGCCGUCAUCAGAUGGGCACAGUGGCAGUUCGUCUUUGAAAGACAUUGUGGUGCUGGGCGAAGACCAAAAGGGUUUGAGAGAUUAUCAAACGGAUGGAAAUUACGAGGAAUUGGAUACAAUUUCACGAAAAACUAGCACUGCAUCCGAAUAUACAUCACUGUCCGACUAUACACCGGAAAAUACUGUGACAAGGGAAUCGUCUGUAACCACGUCAACGUUACGAAACGAUUUUGCUGAUGAGUGUAUUGACCGUAGUGAUGCGUUACCGACUGGUGAAUUUAUUCGUAGCGAUGAAUCGUGCGUUAUUCAAAUGACUGAUAAGCCUGCCUCUGGCGAACAGGAUACCGCUUCAACCCUAGUGAAUGAAAACGUACGAAGUCCAGAUGUAGAUGUUCCUCCAGCUCAAAUGCAGCGUGCUAGAAAGAUUUCACGGUUUUUGGUUACUCCUAGUGUAGUAUCCAUUGACUGUGAUAACAUUGACGAACUUCAGCAUGAGCAGCAGCCGAAACCAGAGACACCUUUCGACGGUCAACCGAAUACAAUACAUCAACAAAUAUAUAAUGAAGAUGGAACUGUGGUCAACAUUCAGCAAUUCGAUGCAUCACAGCAGCAAAUGAUUUAUAGUCAAAAUAAUCAACAGCCAGGACUGGGAUAUAGUAGUGAUAUGAUCGAUGCUAAUCUAAUGAAUGAUUUGAGGAAUCAAACUAUUGAACAGUAUAAUGCCACUAUGCCGAAUAAACCACUGGGACCCGAGUCAAUAAACACAUUGGAACAACUGAAAAUUGGCUUAGAAAACAUUACCCAUGCGCAUGUUCAGACAAAAUCUAAGGACUCUCAACCGACUGUCUCUGAAGCUAUAAAAUCGACCGGCCAAAUAUCUGAUGAACAACUGGCCUGUAUGGUUGAAGGUCCCUUAAGCUAUGCUGACGUUACGGCUGGCGGUACUGUUCAAAUCAUGAAUGAAAUAACUGGGCAACAAUUUGAGCCUGUAGCUGACAUAUAUCCUCAACAGCAUCCGAUAGUUCAGCAGUUGCAAUCACCUCAAACGGGCAUUCAAUUAGCUGCAUCAUCACCACAACAAUCUAAUAUCGGAGCGGUUGCGGAUCCAAUUAUCACCUCGACCAGUGAGAAUAUGUCCCAAACUACAUCCGUUUACAAUUCUCGGAGAACAUCAGCCGAGUUAGCGGCUUUCGAGCAAUACAACAGAGCUGCAAACGAUACUGUGACUUUGGACAACGUUGAGUCUGCAGAAAGGAAAUUGUCUCAGCAAGGAAGUAUCGACAAGCAAGAAAUUGCUCCCCAACAACCGCAGAAUACAUUGGCUGCGUUACAGUUAAAAUUGGCUCAGUUGACUUCAGGUCAACAGCCGCCGGGUCAGUCAGAGCAACCUGUUUUGUAUCAACAAAUAGACGAACAGCAUCAGCAAGUGUAUACAGGACCAUCACAGGAUUUAACCGAAACAUCACAACUUCAACAAGAACAGCAGCAGUCCCAACUCAACUCGCCGACAGUUCAGCUCGACAUCAAUCAAUUGAAACUAACAUCAACCCAAUCAUCAUCGGCUGUAUCAACACCAGUUAUCGAACAAAACGAGACCGUUUUUCCGCAAACAGCAGACCAGCCAAAUACAACAUCCGUCACCGUUCAACCGAAACAGCUCUCUGACUUAGAGCAAGAGUUAGCCAAAAUUCACCAGAAACGUUACAACAAAGAUCAACAACCACCAUCGAAUCCGCCUGUUGAAUUGUUAUCGAAUAUCGUACAAACGGCUAAUGCUCCGAAUACUCAGGCCAUCCCAACGCUUCCAAUCAAUGCUAGUCAAACAUCACAUGCCGAACAGCCAGUCGGUUCGGUGCACAUUUCAAUUCCGACCGCUUCAGCCGAUUCCAACGACAACGCCUUAAAUGUUCCAACACAACAGGCUGCACGGAAAAUUUCUCGUUUCCAAGUGAGUGUUGUGAGCGAAGCGACACCGCCCAUUCAGGUACAGCCACAAGACUCUGUACGAACGCUGCAAACGAACGCACCUCUCGUCUCAUCAUCUAACUCAGGCGUAGAUGAGCAGCGACACGAUUACGGUGCAAUGAAUUUUCAGAAUUUUACCAAUUCAACAGGUGGAAGUGAACUGACAGACCAAUUCGUGGAGCAGACAUCACGAGAACAAUAUGGCCGAGAUGACUACUAUCGAUCCAUGACUGGUAUCAGCGAUCAGAAUCAAGUGCCCACGCAGCUGAAAACACAGAAGCCACUUGUAGAACGCAAUACCACCGCUACAAAAUUCGGUUCACAAAAAGCCACUAAUCAAACCGGCGCCAGGGAAAAGACACGAAAAAAAUCGAGUGCAAUGGGCGUUCGAACGCGCUCUUUAUCUCAAAACUUACAACAAAUCUUCCAACCAUUUCAACGUGGUGCUAAUGCUAGCCUUCGUUCAUCCACUCAGAGCGUUGCAACUAUUGACAAAGAUGCUCCGCUGAACAGAUCGAACUACAACUUCAGUUACGAAAUUACUAGGUCUAGCUCAGACAAAUUUGAAAAUUCGCAUCAGAGUGAAACCAGCUCGGGAUCGAUGACACAUCGUAACGCAACACCGAAUAUGAAAGGCAAUAAGCUGAGUCGGUUUCAGCGUAGCAAGAGUAUUUCUUCUCCGUACAUUCCGAAGACUUUACAUACUCGGACAUCUGCUGAACUGAAUAAGCAAUUGUUGAGCAAAGCCGUUGCAGAGAAUCGAUUUCUCGUAAAGACCAUACAGAAAUAUCAUCAGUAUGAUAUAGCGAGGACCAAAAAUGACAUGACAUUCCAACCGAUUUAUCAAAAUGCCGAAGUGAUUCCAAAGCUUCGGACACGGCAUAGUAAACUGAUUCAAUCGAACUUAAAGCCAUUUUACUCACGCCAAAAUUCCAUCGAAGAGCAUCAAAAUGCCCAGGGAUAUAGCCAAAGUUUUGACAAUUUAUUAUCCAAUGAAUUUCCACCAGUCAACAAGAGUAGAAAAAAAUACUCAAGAACGAAGUCAUCGACGUUGGUCAGCAAACCGAGUAGUCUGUCGUUGCCGUUUGGAGGAAGUUGCGGUAAUCUAAACGUUUCGCCACAAAAGAAUCACCAUGAUCAAACAGCUUAUCGUACCAUUCAUGGUACAUCGGUGUCGGUGUUGCCAGUGCAGCAGUCACGACUACACACAAUCUUUAAAUUUGUUCGAACCGGAAAAGAAGUACCCCAGCCCACAACCAAUGACUAUUCAAAUAGUGAUACGUUUGAUGAGUAUGAUGAUGGUUCGCUGACGGACAGUUCGUCUAGUGACAUGUCCUGUGAAAUGGAUCCACCCCCGGUGCUAUUGAAACAGUCCAGCUCAUUGUCUUCAGUACCAAAUGUUCAACGUAUGCCUUUCCGUUCUAAACGCGCCGACCGUUUCACUCGAAUGCAGAGUCUAGAUUUCACUCAAUCCCAAACCAAUGUUCCAAUGAUCAAUCCGAAAAUAAAAAACACCAGCCGUACGGUGCCUCAUUCAAGGACUGGCAGUCCCGUGUCGAGCCCACUACAGAGUCGGGCUGUAACGCCGACAUACUUUGAUCUGGAAAAUAGAUCGCAUCCGCAACAGCAAUUCUUUAAAUCUCUGAACCAACAACAAUAUAAUAACUCUAUGAUGGGAGGCAUUAAUUCAAUGGCAUCUUAUGGUUGUCAUCAGACAACUAAAUUAACGAUGCCCAUGAUUAAUUUGCCAAAGAAAUCAUCAUCCAUGUCAACGAUGGUAGCUGCGACGCCAAAAAAUUUGAAUAGUGGUACAUCGCUGUCGAAUAUUGUAUGGCAAAAUUCACCGUUGGAUUUCAAACAUAAUCUAGAAUAUGCGCGGAACAUCAUUAGCACAAUGCAAUUAGAGCCUAAGUCUCGACAGCAACUACAAUUACUGCUGCAACGACAACAUUUAGAAGAAGAGGAAUUGAGACUGCGCCACUACAUGGAAUUGGAAAAAUUCCAAAAGAAUUUGGAUUCAGCGAAUCAAUGGAUGGAAAAUAUGUCAGCGACUACAUCUGCCGCACCAUCGUUGCAGACCAGUCAGCCUCAAAUUCAAUAUUCGAUGCAGAAUCGACCAUCACAACAAGGUACAAUCGUUAUUCAACAGUCACAGCAACAGCAAUCGCAGAUGAUGCAACAACCAACGCUGAGCAGCACAACGCCAUUUCAAUUAAAUUCCACCGCAUUAUCAACAACCACAACUACAUUUUCGCCAACGUUUAAUUCCUUUCCAUCAUACAUGGAGUCCCAGCAGAUCGACGCUGGUACAUCAUCAAUACCGCAAUUACAGCACGUCGAUCAUACGAAUCCAGCGGCACCUUGAACUGCAACCGAUUAUAGGGACGAUUAAUUUAGAAAUUAGAAUUUCACCGAUUACAGUCCGUACCGACAACUUAUUUCUGGGCCACUGAUCUGUAAGUUCUAGGAGAUAACCGAUUCAAAAAGUAGUGUCUCAUGAUAUUUUUUUACAAACUUUUUGUCGUCAUUUUUUACCGCUAUGAUUUCCUCAAUUUCUUACAGGGCUUUGAAAUUGAAAGCAAAAAAAUAGGGAAAAAAAAUCCAUAGCAAAGGGACAGGCCAAGUUAAUUACGUGUGUGAUGGUUAGUCAGUCUAACGAUUUGUUGUGCAUAUCGCAUUUUUCGCACUAGUUGUAAGUGUUUGUGUUACAUAAUGUUCGUGAUUCUUUAUCAAAUUUGAGCGGAUCCAUUUUAUCAGGAAACAUAUUUUAGGUUUUAGGAUUAUACCGAAUAACUGUCACGUUUAUAAUGAAUUGUUAAAAGUCUCAUUUGAUAAAAUUAAAAACAAAAAAUGAAAAUCCUCAUCUUGGUUCGUCCAAAGUGAUAGGAUUGUUUCUCUCUGUCUCGCUCCUAUGACUCCUGGUUAGUAAACAAAUUUUUUUUUUCGAUAAAAUGAUACCGCAAUAUCGUAAAUUAGACCGUUUUUAACAAAAAAACUAAAUGGUUAAUGAAAAUCAACUUUCCGUCUAUGGCGACACACUCUCUCUCUCUCUCUCGCAAUCAUCAUCAUUGAAAUUGAGAGUUUCUUAUGCCAAAAGUCCUUUAUUGAGGGCCAUGUCAAUUUAAAUUUCGAACAUCAAUAUUAUAUACACAUUUCGUUUUACUUUCUUUUGAAUACAUGCAUAAUGCAGUGUACACAGUGUGGUCAGAGAUACGAAUCGAGAUGAGCAUUAUUAUACUUUGUGAAAUGUAAUUGUUUCACUUUGGUAGUUAUGCCAUUUUGAUGUUGGACAUGACCGGGACGUGUGCGUUUCUUUACAUUUAUUUUUAUUUAAAAUGUUAUGAAAAUUUAUAAUGAAAUCGUAAAAUUAGUUUUUUUGUUUCAUAUAAUGUGAUGCCUUUCCGCGAAGGUUAAUACAUUAAUAUUUGCACUUAAUAAGACAUACUCCUCAAAAUAACAAACAAUGAAACUAUUAAAAGAUUAUUAAUCUAUUUAAAUGCAUUUGGCUUGUUUUAACUAGUUUAUUUUACAUAGGCAAGCGUAUAUCUUCUAAAAAUUUAAAAUGAAAAAAAAAACUUAAAAAAAAAUUCUAUUAAAUUGAGAGAGUUUAUUACCGGAUAAAAAUAAAAGAUUACAAUGAAAAAUUAAGUUUAUGGAAUUUAAAUUGAAAAGUGAAAA